GUUUUGUGUCUUUUGAAUUUGAGAUUCGUUUGACAACACAGCCGCUGCUCAUCCAGUUUACCAUUUUUAAAAAAAAAACCUCAAUCAACUUCAACUCAACUCAACUCGUCAACCGUUCAUCAUACAUCCUGAAGAAAUCGGGUUCAAAUGGAAAUUUUAAAACCGAAAAAUCAAUCUAGUCUUGGCGCCAGUAUCGGAUCUGCCCUCAGCGGAGCAGCCGGUACCGAUGGCGCCAUCCUCAACUCCAACCCUCGAUCUGCUGAUAUCACCAUCCUCAAUGAAAAAACUGAGUCGUUGACUACGUUGGACGACGGGGCACGGUAUUUGCCCUAACGUCGAUUUUGAAAAAAUGCCUCCCGAUCUGGGAGGUCGCGACCGACAUGUGAGAGAUGUCACCGCGCCUUUUUUCCAAAAUCCUAGUCGUACCCUUUUUGUCAAUUUUCCAGUUUCGUCACCUAUUACCCCCGACUCGACCCCACCCAAUAGUCAUUCGCUCCUCCAAAUGAAGUCUAAUUCAACCAGUCCUUCGGUUGAAGAUAUCGGCCUUAAUAUGUUUAAUUCGCAAUCUGUUCAUUCUAUUCAUGCCAACAUCACCUCGACCCCAAUGCUUUCUCCUAGUCCAAGUUCCGAUAGUUUCUCAUUUGAUUCGAUGGUCUCAAGCUGUCCGGAUUCCAAAUCACUUGAUCAUGUGUUCCCAUACGGUUUGAAGGAAGUCGAAGGUAUCCAUAACAUCACGGCUACCCUUCCUGGUGGUCUUCAAGGUGUAUUGGUCGAUAAGAACUCUGGAACUCGAUCGAUUUACAUCUUUGGUCUCAAUGCUCCUUCAAUGUCUAAACAAUGUGUCAAGGCUCUCUUGGUGGAGAUCCUCGAUCUUGCUGACGAGAAACUUGAAGCAGAUGAAGUGAUUGUCGUACUUGAUAAACAUCAAUCUGGAAUGAGAGAGUUAUUACAAGGCUUGUUAUAUGUUGGUGGAAAUGUGAUUCGUAAUCAGGAGGAUCCCGUUGCUGACUCGGUGGUAUUGAUUGGAAUUGAACUUUGAUCCAUUCUUUGAGUUCAUCUUAUUCCUUUUUUUCAAUUCAAGAGGGGUAUCGGUUUCGAUUCUUUUUUUUUUCUUUUUUCUACAAAAAAAAAUAUCAAAAAAUCCAAAAAAAAAUUACAGCUUCUUUUCUCCCUUUUUUGUUUGUGCUUUUUCUCUUCUUUUGAAAUCUCAUAUGUAAGUCAAUCCCAAAUCAUAUGUGCUCCUCAGUAAAGAAGGAUUUGUUUUUUUUCGUUCAUCAUCGAUCCUGAUCAUUAGCCAGUUACAUUCUCUAUAAGAUCUUGACUUGUUACCUGUUUCGAAACAUAUGAGAUUGUAACUUUUGAUGAAUGAGUUUUUACUUUCCUUGGCUUUUAUGCAUGCUUUUGAUGAGCAAGAUAGGAUCCUUUGAUCUUGUGAUUCUGCAUCCUUUUUUAACUAUGAAAUAUGAUUACCUUUGUUUGUGUCCAGUU